CGCACUGAAAUCGCCCACCCAUUACUAAUCUCGUACGAGUGAAGAUCAGGGGGGCUCGUGUCCACCAUGUCCACCAUCGAGACCACCUCCACCUUGUCAUCCUUUCUUGAGAUCUUGAACCCAUUUCUUUUUCUCCUUCCGCCGCCUCCGUUUACAUACCCACGCAUGCGGAGACCAUGUUACGACGCCUAAGAGCGGCGGCGAGGCCGUCGCCCUUACUUAUCUGCACUCUGCUGCUUCUGCUACUGGCCGUAACAGUCGAAGCGUCCAUCGGCGACCGUCUGCCCGAGUUUCAAGAAUGCGUUCAGAUCUGUAAACAAGAAAACUGUAACGCUGGAAGCGCGACUCCAAUCCCCCUCCACCGCCGUCUCCUCUUCUGGACAUGUCCCGCCGAAUGCGACUACACUUGUCAACACAUAAUCACCAACAACCGCGUUGCAGCCGGGAAGCCCAUCGUGCAAUUCCACGGGAAGUGGCCGUUCUACCGCUUCCUGGGCAUGCAAGAGCCCGCAUCGGUCGUCUUUUCCCUGGGGAAUCUCUGGGCACACUACCACGGCAUCCGCAAGCUUCUCGCCCAAGUCUCCGCGACGUACCCCUUGCUGCCGUGGUAUCGGACCUUCGCCGCCUUCGGCAUCGCCUCCUGGAUCUUCUCCGCCAUCUUCCACACCCGCGACUUCGCCGCCACCGAGCAGCUCGACUACUUCGCCGCCGGCGCCAGCGUCCUCUACGGCCUCCACUACACCCCGAUCCGCCUCUUCCGCCUCGACCGACCCACCUCGCGCAACCGCUCCGUCCUCCGGGCCUGGUCCCUCCUCUGCUGCCUCCUCUACACCCUUCACGUCGCCUACCUCAAGGGCGUCCGCUGGGACUACACCUACAACAUGGCCGCCAACGUCGUGGUGGGCAUGCUGCAGAAUGGCCUCUGGGUCUGGUUCUCCUACCGCAGGUACAAGCAGACCCGUCGCCCUUGGGCCUUCUGGCCCAAUAUCGCCGUCGCUUUCAUCAUGGCCUUUAUGAGCCUGGAGCUGUUCGACUUUGCCCCUCUGUGGGGUAUGUUCGACGCCCACAGCCUGUGGCAUCUGGGCACCAUUGCUCCCACAUUGCUCUGGUACAACUUCCUUAUCAAGGAUUCCCAGUAUGAAAUGGCCGCGAGCAACAGGUUAAAAUCUUAAUUACCGAGACACGAAGCGCCAGUACUUGACGGAAGAGCGGUCAUUAAAAAAAAAUAAAAAAAAUAAAAAAAUAAAAAAAAUAAAAAAAAAAAGGGCGCGCAUACACAAAAUAUUUGGGGAAAAUCAGAGCAAUCUCGUUGUAUC